CUCCAGGAUGGCUUCUGGAUUCCAGGGCACAGAGGUGAAACCUCAUGUUCCAAAGCUGGCCAGAGAGGCAGAGAAGCCUGUAAUGCUGACUCCCUCUGCCUUCCAGAAGCAGAUGUCUCUCACCACCAAGCAGAGGCUGGCCAGCAUUCCACAGAUUAAUCUGCCCCAGAUUGUCCAGCAUCGAGAUAUGAGUGAAACCUCCAAUCACAAGGUCUCAGCAGUUGACCCAGACCAGACCUUGUUUCAUGUUUUCCCAUCAGAGGUGGUAUUUCAGAACUACGUCCCACACGAGGUCUGUGAAAUGCCACUGGUUCUGAGGAACAGGGACAUGGUUCCUCGGCUGGUGAAGGUCACGAUGGAGAGUUCACCUUAUUUCCAGCUGGUUGGCCCCAGUGGUGCGUACCGUAAGGUGCCACCGGGCAUGUGUUCUAAUUUACGCGUCGUCUUCACCCCUGGGGAGAACAAGGAUUAUUUCCACUGUCUCGUCUGCACCACUGAAAGAGAAGAGUUCAUUGUGCCAAUUCGGGCCAUUGGUGCCCGAGCUGUCCUGGACUUCCCUGACCAGCUGGACUUCUCGGUCUGUCCGGUCAAGUACAGCACCGAGAAGACUCUGAUGGUUCGCAACCUUGGUAACAGGGAAGCCCGUUACCAAAUCAGCACCCAGAGCCCCUUCUCUGUCACUCCGACCAUGGGAACUCUUGGCAUUGGUGACAUCCUGCAAGUGACAGUGGAAUUUCACCCUCUGCAGACCGGGGAUCAUUCUGGAUCCCUGGUAGUGCACUAUGACACAGGUGAAGAUACCCACACAAGCCUUCAUGGGUCAGCUGUGAAUGUCCACAUCAGACUGGACAGGAAUUCUGUGACUGUUGAGAAGACUUACAUCACACUGUCAAACCACAGCACCGUGACCAUCCUCAACCACAGUAAUGUCACGGCCCGCUUCCAGUGGAAGGCUUUUGCUACUCAGGAAGAGGAGGAUCAGCUGAAGCAGAGGUUCUGCCACAGGCUGUGCCAGGAGGAAAAUGCCCAGGCAGAUAAUUUUCUGGAGUGGAGCAGAGCGGACACCACUCGUGGAGAACGCCUUUCCCUGCUCUCCCACAUCUACCAGAACGAGAGGGCAAAGGUGCAAGGAGAUCCCAUGCUGUUCUUUGAUGACAUUUUCACUAUUAAACCGGUGGUAAGUGAGGGAGAGAUCUGGCCAAAUUUUUCAGCUGAAAUCAGCGUGACCUUUAGACCCCGAGAAGCCCGAGUCUACGAACGCGCCGUCUACUGCGACAUCUCGGGCCAUGAGACCAGGCUGCCCCUGCGCCUCAUAGGGGAAGGCCUUGGGCCCCGGCUCCGCUUCCUGUUCGAGGAACUGGACAUUGGGAAGGUUUCUGUCAUAUCACUCCACAGAUACAAGGCAGUCCUGGUUAACAAAGGGCCUAUUGAGGGUCUCUUCAGCCUCCUCCCUCCAACUACAGCCGUGGGCUCCUGCUUCACCUUUCUGCCCCAGCAGGGCAUCAUUCUACCAGAUGGGCUCCAAGCCAUCAACAUCUCCUUCCGAACCACCAUCCCAGGGGAAUUCAAGGAAGAAUUCCAGUUCAGUGUCCCUCAAGCCCCCAAGCCUUUGACCUUCACUAUCAGGGGCUAUGUCAUCGGACCGACUUUCCAUUUCAAUGUACGCGCCCUCCACUUCGGUGACGUCUCCUUUGGCUUUCCUCGCACCUUGUCCUGCCGCCUGACCAACACCUCCCUGAUGCCCAUGGCCUUCACCCUCCACAUUCCUGGGGAUGGCUCUGGAGAGCCCAGCCUCACCAGCUCGGACCAGACAUCCAGGAACACUCACCCAUCCUGGAGAAAGGGAGCUCAGGGUCUCACGAGGCCAAUGGAAUUUACCAUAACGCCCUGCAGAGGGACCAUCUGCUCCCAGGCAUUCCAGGAUAUCCAGGUCACCUUGUGUUCCAACACUGUGGGGCCAUAUCAGAUGGAGCUGGUGGUGGACGUGGUUGGUGUUGGCAAGAAGGUGUCAGCACUGCCCAUCACAGCCAGAUGUGUCGUUCCUGCCCUGCGAGCGCUCAACCCCAUCAUGACAUUUGGACGGUGCUACCUGAACAUCCCUUACCAGAAGAUGUUGAGGCUUGUGAAUGACAGCGACUUUCCUGGCUGCUACAGGGUUCUUCCUCAGGAACACAAGGAAGAGGAUGCUGUGUGGUACUUCGCCCCUCAGCCAUGUGGGACUAUCAAGGCUCACAGCUUAGUGGAGAUCCCAUUUAUACUUAAAACGAAACUGCUGGGAGAGCAUGACACCAUUGCUGAUGUCGUCGUGUUUGGGAGUGAAGAUUCCCCACUGAAAAUCCAUUUAGAGAGCAUUGGACAGGGACCAGUUGUCUAUGUAUAUCCAACUGAGAUAAACCUGGGCACUAUCCCGGUCGUAGAAGAUAUUUCCGAAACUCUCCACCUCUCCAAUCAGAGCAUCAUCCCUGCAGUCUUCUGGGCAGAGAUGGCUGGCACGAGCUCACACUGGAGGAUUGAACCCAGUAAGGGAGUGAUCCCCCCCGAGAGCGAGGUGUCUCUGACUGUCACAGCAAACCUCGAUGACACGGGGAAAUUUGAGGACAAGGUGAAGCUGUUCAUUGAGAACAGUGAAGUGAACAUCAUCCCUGUGCAGGCUGUGGGCAUUGGCACCACAAUUGUCACUGACAAACCUUUCUCUCCGGAGCUCAACUUUAAGCCCCACUUCAGCCUCACUCCCUGCUGUUACCAGUUCAAAAUAACAAACAAAGGGCGACACACCCAUCAGCUGUUCUGGACCACAGAAGGGUUCAGCAUCGUUCAGCAGCGUCGUGCCCCCGGUACCACCAAGGACAAAAGCACUUCCCAGGUCCCCAAACCUGCCAGCCCCGUGUUCAAGCUGCAGCCGCCGCAGAUGGAGCUGGUGCCGGGCCAGACCAAGGACAUGGUGCUGGAAGGCUUCUCCAGCACCCCCCAGAAGGUGAAGGAGCGGCUGCUGUGUCACGCCAUGGUGGGGAGGGAGAAGAGAAAGAAGCAGAUAAUGCAAGUGGAUGUCAACUGCGAGUUCGUUUUUCCCCUCGUGCAAAUAUCCUCCAGAGAAAUCGUGUUCCGUGUGGAGAAGCGGCCCAGUGAUGUCCUGACUCUCCUAUACAAGCCUCUGUCUUUAAAAAACAACUGCUGCCUGCCACUCAGCAUUGUGCUGGACUUGAAGAAGCCAUUCCUAAUCUGUGAUGUGGACCAGCAUCCCCUCCCCAAAGAUGCUCAGGUGAACAGCCAGGGACCUUCCUGCUGGUGGGGUUUGAAGAGGGAGGGGUGUGGUGGUGCCCUUCUGUUGGGAGGUCCUCGAGUUGAGAAGUUCUUUCUGUCGAGUCAGCAGUGGACUGGCCUGAACUGA